ACAGAAAAACAGAGCAGGGCGAGCUGCAGCAUGGAGUGCUAGGGGAGCAAGGGCACGGGCUUGCAUCACCAAGGAGUUGAGUCCAGAGAAGUUUGCACCCGCUCUGCUCAGGACUUCAGUCCCAAUGUCUCUUAUCAUCACCUCUACCCAUUGGGAACUGAAAUCCAUCCUCCUAUAGCCUCCAGAGUCUUCUGUUGCAGAUACUUCCCCCAAGAGAGAAAACCAGUGCCUGGCUGAAAACCAGCCCCUCUACCAUCAUGAGCUCUGAAUGUGAAGUUGAUAUUUCCAAAACAGUGGUAAACGGGCUAACCUCAACCAGUAAUGGUCAAGAAAAAGCUAUUGGCGACCCUUUACGUGCACGCUCUAUUUCUGCUGUUAAAAUCAUUCCUGUGAAGAAAGUGACAAACUCUUCUGGCCUAGUCCUCCCUACAGACAUGGACCCUACCAAAAUUUGCACUGGAAAAGGAAUGGUGACACUCCGGGCAUCUUCCACGCACAGGGAAUCACCCAGUGCCAGCCCUGUGAGCCCCCAGGAGACUGUGCUCUCAGAAAGUAAGCCAGGUCUGGAGCCAGAAAAUUUCCCCACAGAUGAGUGGAGACUGUCCUCUAACGCCGACACCAACGGAAACGCCCAGCCCUCUUCCCUGGCUGCCAAGGGCUACCGAAGUGUGCAUCCCAAUCUUCCUUCUGACAAGACCCAGAUUUCCUCCCCUCCAUGCCCUCCUCGUCCAAAAGAGCAAAGCUUUGCAUGGCAACCACGCACUGAAGCUAAGGUUGCCUCACCACCAGUGCCCUCCAAGGACUGUGUGUACCUGAGUUCACCAAAGCCUUACAUUCUCCAGGGUGCUUCUAUCCAGCAGCGUCCCUCCUUUCCCCCAGCUCUGCCUUCCUCCCAGGUAGCCAGCACAGCUCCCAGAGUCACAGCGUAUGCUGGCCAGGCAUUCAUGCCUAGGAGCUCCACAUUCCCUGACGCGUCAUCCCGAUACCAGAGCCCCUGGGAGGCUUCCAGGGCAGAAGAUAGCCCUAAUGUGAGCUCUAAUCCCCGUCACGAGGCAGGAAGGGAUAAAAAAAAGGUCAGCAGCUUAUAUGUCGCUUGUUUAUCCAACAACACCGGCCCCACUGCAUCUGAGAACUCCCUUAAGCUUGCAUGUGACCAAACCCAAAGAAACCCUUUGGAAGACCAGGUCAUCCGAGCACCGGCUCUUGGCAUCGCAUCCUCCUUGCCUACCGCUGAACCAUCCCGCCUUGCUCCUCUUUCCGAUCCUCCCCAGCUGUCCUUUAAGACCAUCAUCAGUAGAGAUGCAGUUAGCCAGGGUGACAGUCUUCUUCUGGGGACUGAGUCUCCUCUCACAGAAGCAGUGAGACCACCUGUGCUAAGUGCCCAGAUUCCUUCGGGCCAAGGGACCCUGAAGAGAAAAGAACGUUGCUUUCCCCGACGGUGGUAUCCAGCCAAGGACGCUACCACAGCUCAGCCAGGGAUUAUAGUAGUCCCUCUGUACCUGGUUAACACAGACCAAGGGCAAGAAGGCACAUCCAGAACACCACCACCACCUCUGGUGGCCCUGGACCAAGUUGCCACAUUCCCAGCGACCGCCUCUGCUGGCGUGCCUCUGACCCUUCCGACAUUAGAUGAUUUCAUUCCCCCUCGUCUGCAGAGGCGAUCCCACCAUAACCAGCCAGCCAAUCCUUCUGGCUCAGGUCCCCCCGUUAGCCAGACAGCACCAUCACUGUGCUCUCCACCUCCUCCAUUGGUCCCUCCAGUCCCGGAGGCCCUGCACAGAGUCUCGAAGCCUGACCUCCCUGGAGCUGUCUCAAGUACAGGUGCAGAUUCUCUGGUAAAUGAAGUUUCUUCACCCCGCAUUGGGACUGAUUCCCAGAUUUUCCCACCAGUCAGCAAGCCUUCAUCUGCUUACCCUUCCACUACCAUCGUUAAUCCCACCAUUGUGCUUCUGCAACACAAUCGAGAGCAACAAAAGCGACUUAAUAGUUUAACGGAUCCUGUACCAGAAAGAAGGAAUGAAGACAAGGUAGAUUCAGCACCAACGUGGGAGAAAGUUGUUCUGCCUGGCGCACGACCAGAUAAAACAGUAAAGGAUGAAAAUAGAAGACUGGUUAAGAGCCCUCAGUGCCUAAGUGAUGGUUCCAUGGAUGAAGUGGGCAUUCCACUAAGGAACACUGAGAGAUCCAAAGACUGGUAUAAGACGAUGUUCAAACAGAUUCACAAACUUAACAGAGACACUCCUGAGGAAAACCCUUAUUUCCCUACCUACAAAUUCCCUGAACUUCCUGAAAUCCAGCAAAAACCUGAAGAAGACAAUCCUUACUCUCCUACCUACCAGUUUCCUGCAUCUACUCCUAGUCCUAAAUCAGAAGAUGAUGAUUCAGAGCUCUACUCUCCUCGAUACUCGUAUUCUGAAGAUUCAAGAACCCCCUUUUCAGUGCCUCGUUCAAAAAGUGAGAUGGAAUAUAUCGACUCGGAGAAGGUGGUCAAGAGGUCUGCCACGCUGCCCCUACCCUCCCGCUCUACGUCUUUGAAAUCGAGCCUGGAAAGAAAUGACUGGGAGCCCCCAGAUAAGAAAGUGGACACUAGAAAAUACCGUGCAGAACCUAAAAGCAUUUAUGAAUAUCAGCCGGGCAAGUCCUCAGUUCUGACAAAUGAAAAGAUGACUCGGGAUAUAAGCCCAGAAGAGAUAGAUUUAAAGAAUGAACCUUGGUAUAAAUUCUUUUCGGAAUUGGAGUUUGGGAGACCGCCUCCAAAAAAGAUAUGGGAUUAUACUCCUGGAGACUGCUCUAUCCUUCCUAGAGAGGAUAGAAAGAAUACAAGAGUCAGCCCCACUCCAGAAACAGCUGCUGAGCGUCCUGCCUACUCAUAUUCGCCCAAUAUCCAUGCAGUGAAGAGAGAGUCAGAGAUGGCUCCAGGGGAUUCCACUGGUUUGGAGAAUGAAAGACAGAUUUACAAAAGCGUUUUGGAAGGUGGAGACAUUCCCCUCCAGGGAUUAAGUGGUCUCAAGCGGCCCUCCAGCACUGCUUCCACUAAAGAUUCAGAAUCACCUCGGCACUUCACCCCAGCUGAAUACUUGGAAAGUACUGAAGACUUUAUUCGAAGGCGUCAUGAUGACAAAGAGAAACUUUUAGCGGACCAGAGACGACUUAAGCGUGAACAAGAAGAAGCUGAUAUUGCAGCUAGACGGCACACGGGUGUUAUUCCAACCCACCAUCAGUUUAUCACUAAUGAGCGGUUUGGGGACCUCCUAAAUGUAGACGAUACAGCAAAGAGGAAAUCUGGGUUAGAGAUGAGACCUGCCAGAGCCAAAUUUGACUUUAAAGCUCAGACGUUAAAAGAGCUUCCUCUGCAGAAAGGAGAUAUUGUUUACAUUUAUAAGCAGAUUGAUCAGAACUGGUAUGAAGGAGAACAUCAUGGCCGUGUGGGGAUCUUUCCAAGGACAUACAUAGAGCUUCUUCCACCAGCAGAGAAGGCACAACCCAAAAAGAUAGCACCAAUACAAGUUUUAGAAUAUGGAGAUGCUGUGGCUAAGUUUAACUUCAAUGGAGACACCCAAGUGGAGAUGUCCUUCAGAAAGGGAGAGAGGAUCACGUUAAUUCGACAGGUUGAUGAGAACUGGUAUGAAGGUCGAAUCUGUGGUACCACACGACAAGGCAUCUUUCCCAUUACAUACGUGGAUGUGAUCAAGCGACCUCUGUUGAAAAAUCCAGUUGAUUACAUUGAUCUGCCAUAUUCGUCUCCAAAUCGCAGUACAACCGCUUCUCCCCAGUUUCCAAGUCAUGGCAAGUACCACUCCCCAGCACCCCAAUAUCUGCCUUAUUCACGUCAGGUAUUGUCUCCUGAGAUGCAUGCCAUCACCUCUGAGUGGAUCUCCCUGACUGUAGGGGUUCCAGGCAGAAGUACUCCAGCUGUGACCCCACCAUUGCCCCCUCUGCCAGAGACCUCUCUUUGUAACACUGAAUACUUUACUUCCUCAGCCUUGGCCAGUCCUACCCUUUCAGUAAGCCGUCCCCAUUCUAGUCUUUCAGAUCGCUCUAGCCCAAGCCUUUUGGUUUCUCCAUUCCCCCCUAACCCUCACAGACCAUCUUCCACCAUUCACAAUGUCAGUGCUACCCUUCAGUCUAAUGAAGAGAAUAUCAUGUCCUCACCAUCCCCCAGUGUUAAAUGGGAUACCUUCUCCCAGCCACUGCUUGGGAACUCCAAUAGUGUUAUCUCUGAGCUUAGUGAUGCCAUUAGCAAUCAAGCCAAGUUCCAACAGUGGCAAGAAGAAAACAGACAGUGUUCAAGGAAGCCUAAUAAAGAGGCAGGUGAAUACUACCCCGAUGGAUCCAAGAUCUCUAAGAAGAGCUGCUUGAAGCCAUCAGACCUGGUCAAAUGUAUGAGCACAGAACAGAGACUUUGUGAUAACACCCUUGGGGGAAGCCAAUCCUGCCAACAUCUUCUCAGCCCUAUUCACAGAAAUGAGGCUGGGCAAAGAGAUACCAGUGCAGGGGCCAAGUUCGCUGACCCGAAAGAGAAUCAGAAUGGUGUGAGACAGCCUUCACAUCAUUCAUUGAGCACAGGACCAGAUCUCACAGAAUCUGAAAAGAGCUACGUGGAAGCAGUUUGCAAUGAGAUCAUAAACAUUGCCGAAAAGUCUGUUCAUUACUGCAGUACUGUUUCUCAUCCUCUUGACUUUCGUCACAAGGUGUCUCCUACUGACAAUAAAUCAUCUCUCAUCAUUUCUCAGCAACCUCAAGCCCAGCAGCGAAGAACCACCUCUGACAGAAGUCAGAACCUACAGGAUUUAUAUAGCUACCAAGCAUUAUAUAGCUAUAAACCACAGAAUGAUGAUGAGUUGGAACUCCGAGAUGGAGAUAUUGUGGAUGUCUUGGAAAAAUGUGACGAUGGUUGGUUUGUUGGUACUUCCAGAAGAACAAGACAGUUUGGUACUUUUCCAGGCAACUAUGUAAAACCUUUAUAUUUAUAAGAAGCCUGAGAACCUGUGAUUGUUUUUUAUUGGUGGAUGAAACACAGAACACAAAGCAGUCUCUUUAUCUCAAUGUUGAAUCAAUAAGUCGGUUAGUGCAAGGAAGAAGUGAGACGUCUUAGAACGACUUGGGGAAGUGUUGGAUUUAAAGCGUGAGCCUCCUAGGGCCUUGCACAGUACUUGGCUCAUAGCAGGCUUCAACAGAUGUUUCUUGAAUGAAUGAAUGAAUGUAUGUAUGUAUGAAUGAGCUAGGGCCCAGUUGUUUGCUGGGCAACAAGAAGCAAGCCAGACUUCCAGUUUACAUAACUGCCUUUUUAAGCCCCACUAGGCCUCCCUGUCACCCUCCUGCGGUGAGCUGACAUAGAACUGAAGGAAAGAAGCAAGUAGCCCCUUGUUGGAGGCCCAUUCAGUUCUAGCCCAGUCCUAGGAGUGUUGGUCUAAGUUGUGUGAACCUGAGAGAGUCAUUUGAGUCUGAAGCAACCCAGAGAAGACCCAAGGAAGCCAGAUCUGGUCCAGUCUUACCUUAAGGUUUGGGGGUCUGAUCUUUAUUGGGUUUGGGAAAUUAUCCCAUGUCCAAAUCCAAACCCAUGCCUCUCUAAUCUGCCCCAGAGCAGGUUUAGAAAACUCGCUAUCCAUUUGAAUACCCCAAAACCCAUCAGACCAGACUUUCCAGGGCUAUUCUGGACCAGACGUGUUCCAACUUGGGCCCAUACUCUUGAGACUCUAGUGGGAAGGGUAGGGGUAGUGGAAAUAAGGUACCAUUCAAUGUGGGACUCCACUCUUUCACUCCCAUCACCACCACAUAUCCUGAUGUUCUGACAAUUUAAGCAUGUAGCAUUUGCUUGUGAGAGUUAGAGGAAGUAGAUCAGAGGAACAAGUUGGAUUUGUAUCUGAUUAAAGUAAAGUUGAUCUAUAGUUUAUUGGGGUAACAUGCAGCCAGUCACUAUCCAUGUAUACAGAUACAUACAUGUAUAUAUCCUUGGAAUUUUUACUAGGUUACCUUCAGAGAGACCAAGUUUUAAUUUGUUUAAAGACUUUCACUGUUUCCAAGCAUAUCAUAUGUAGAGCCCUGGAAUGUUCAAGGAUAUUUCUUACAGAAAACAAAGAACUGAAUUCACAGCAAAGUCUCAAAGUUAUUUUGAUCUAGGCAAAUCAAUCAAAAAUCACAUUAAUUUGACCUAUCCUUGGAGCAGAGAGGGUAGCUGCCCUGAACUUGUACUCUCCUGGCUGCAUUUCAUGCCACCAUCUAUUGGAGGACCAGAAUGCCUAGUCCUUCUGCCUGAAUGGGAGGAGUUAAUCCCUCAGAGCCAGAAUCAGUGAGGGAGCCAUCCAAUCACUACAUUUGCACCAGGCAGCCAGUGACUGUGGAUGCAUGAAUGAGGGCUAACAGAACCAUAUGCAUGAAAGACGUUCACUGCUGGGAAGGUAUAUUAACAUCUACUUGAGUUCACCCAUGGCGACCUCCAGGUACUGGUGGGUCCUGGCAUUGCUACAGUUCCAGCAGAGAAUGUACAUACAGUAAGCUUCAGCUCUGUGAACGUAUAUGAUCACACCAUCAUUACACUAGCCCUGUGUGUGUACUCAGUUGCUCCACAGUUUAUUUCACCCCCUUCCCCCCAUACAGGACAUGUCCUAGGCAAAAUUGGGAGGGGGUAAAUAGUUCCAAUUUUGUACCCUAUUCCAUCCCUCAGUGGUACCCUCUCACCCCCAGGGCCCUAGUACUCCUCCUGUAUCUUCCACCUUAUCAAAACCUGUUCUCAGGAAAGAAUCUGAAAAACUCAUUCAUGACAUAUAAAUGACUAGUAAGAUUCAAUCUGUUACCCCAUCCAAGGAAAUUUGCACUUUAAGAAGGCAGGAAGCCUUAAUCAAAGGAAUGAAGUUCCAGUGGGAAAACUUCAGAGUUGGUAGGGGAGAAAUUACUGGGCAAGGGGAACCCUUUUGAUGCCUCAGAAGUCAUGCCACGUGGGCAGCCACUGCCACCAGAUCGUAAGACUACUUUUUUUUUUUUUGCCAUCUCGCUCUGCAGGGGAUUUAGUAAAAGCACGUGUGUGUACAUGUGCACAGGCACCCGCAUGUCCAUUUAUUUCAGCACUAUGGCAUUAGGAUUCACUUUGAAGUGAAAGUCUUGCAUUGGAUAACUAUUUUUCCUGAUCUGUUUUGGAUGCAGACUGUUAUUGAUAAAAUAUUAGACCAUAGCUUUUAAAGGGGGGAGGGUGCUUCUCCAUUAGAUAGCUAACUUCAGACACCUCUAGGAAUACAGCUAGAGAAUGAAACCAAUUUGUAAAGCUACAUUUUACACAUAAUGCCAGUUACAUAUAUUUGUACAUCUCUGGAACCUCCAGUUUGUCUCCCAUGUUUUCCCAUAUGUUUAAUAAUAAGGAAAAAACCCCUAAAAUUUGCAUCAAAUUUCUGCUUCCUACAUAUCACAGAACAAGUAGCCAAAAUUUCUAGUGGCUACUUUGUCUUGAGACAUUUAGGAAUAUAAAAUACUUAUUUUUAUGCUUACAAUGUUUAUACAGGUUUAUUAACAGCAAAUACACCUAAUUGAUAGCAUGAUUUGCAAUACAUUUUGAUAUCUUCCCCAUGCUGCGGGGUCUAAAAACAACAUCAGCUGAAAAAACACUUACCUUUCACAGUCUCUCUGGGAUCAGUAAAAAAAGAAAUCACAUCCUCAAAAAGUGGGACUGUACAUAUGUAUAUUUGUAUAGACCAUGUACUUACCUUGUAUAGAAAAAAUAAUUUUAACAAUUUGAAUGAAAGAAAGACAGUAAGGAAGUCAUUAAGGGUUUUUUUGCAUUUUUAUUUAAAUGAAGGAAUUCCAAGUUAACCCCUAUGGAUUUUUUUUUUUUUUAGCACAAGAAGACACUUGUAAAAUGUUACAGCUUUAAAUCAUCAUUAUUGGGGGGAAGGGCAGUAACUCUGAUCCUCAUUUAUGAAUUUUGAAAAUUUUUUCCUUUGCAGUCUUGUUUCCCUGCAGUAAUAUUUAGUCCUGUUGCUAGAAUAGGUUAAUAUGCAAAUUAUAUUCUGAAAGAAAAAAAUAACUGACUUUCUAUGUAACCAGUUAAUUUAAAGGAUUGCCAUUGAAGCAACACACAGAGAGCAUGUACUAUACAGACACAGAUCUUGUGUUCAUUUAUUUUUCUUCAUUGCAGUGGAUUAUGGUUUAUUUGAUAAUAAAUAGACGUGUUGAAUUACUGCUACAUUUCCUGUACAGAUUAUUUAAUAAAACUUAUUCUCAUUUGCGUGGUA